ACAACAAAGGCAUCUCCCACAGCCUCUGCCCUGGGUACCAUGAAGAUCUCCGCAGUUGCCCUCGCCGUCAUCCUCACUGCUGCCACCCUCUGCGCUCCUGCAUCCGCCUCUCCAUAUGGUGCGGACACCACUCCCUGCUGCUUCUCCUACCUCUCCCUCACGCUGCCUCGUGCCCAUGUCAAGGAGUAUUUCUACACCAGCAGCAAGUGCUCCAACUCCGCAGUCGUCUUUGUCACCCGUAAGAACCGUCAAGUGUGCGCCAAUCCAAAGAAGAAGUGGGUUCAAGAAUACAUCAACUAUUUGGAGAUGAAGUAGAAUAGAGGGUUUCUAGAGCCUGAUCCUGUGUCCCUUACCUGUCCUUGCUUGCUGUAGUCCUGACCAUCUUGGGGAUGGCACUCAUCAGCCCCCUAUUCCCACUCAUUCCUGGGAGGGCAGAGAUGCUACCAUAUCUUAGAGAUUAUAGCAGUAUCCUCCCCUAGAG